GUAUCGGCUUGGCAUAAAAAUGUUUAGAGAGGAGGUAUAUCGUUACGAUCGGAGCUUGCACGAAUCUUCAAGUCGAGAUAGCGUAACUUCGAUUGGGAAGAGUCCAACAAGGGUAUGCUAGUUCGAAAAGUUCCCCGGCCGCUGCAUCGUUGCCCGCCGGGCUUGCCGCCCGGCACGCCGCACAACAAGCAGCGCACAAAAUGAGCGAUAAUGUACCAGCAAACGCUACAGCAGAACAAGUCCGUGAGCUUAUAGGCUUCAACCUAGCUCAAUGGCACAAAUUCCUUAUUGUUACCCUAGAUGCUAGUGUGCGCAUAAGAACGAAAUAUCCUCAGAGAGGUGUAAGGUGGAGGGAGAUUAAUCUACUUGUUCAGGAGGAAGAGCUACGUAAAGUUAAUGUUGAUCUGGCCAAACAUGGUAUUCCCCCGGUCGAAAUGCCUGGAUUAGCAUGGCGUAUGAAGCGUAUUUUUAAGGAAAGAAAGGCCGUGGAUCGAGUCAGUGACUCUCCUGGGCUUACAUUAGAAUCGAUGUCAACCCCGAAGCCAGAACCCGAGCACGCUCCGGAGCAGAACAAAAUCAACUCCCCAGCGCCUUCACAGGAGCCAGAUCCAGGAGGCAGGUCUCGAGCGCGAGGACUUGUAUUUGAUCCCGUUUACGACGACCGAUGAACCUUUAGAGCGCAUAUGAAACAAGCUGCCCGUCUUUUGACCGC